GCACAUGAAUUCUGUCAACGAGUCAAGUCGGAUUAAAUUUUCUCUGCAGAGAGCUGGAACACUCUCCGCUUUUUCCUUAGGAUGAGCUGUUUGUGAAGUGCCGCCGAUCUAAGUUCGAUAUGCGUUUCUCAUGUUUUUUCAUCAUCGUCUCCGUAUCGUGCGAGGCUGCCGCCGCCAGCGACUGUGGCUGCUCGGAGAGUCGUUCCGCUACUCGCGAGUCUCCAAACGAUCAAGGUUCUAGAUCGGGUAAGAACUUCGUGGAAGAAAGUCCAAGCAUACCCAUCGACUCGGUAUGUCGGGCGGCGCUUCACGAAAAAAUGGUUCUCGUGAAAGGUGGCGAGUUCAUAAUGGGGACCAACAGACCGGUUAUUCUCGCUGACGGUGAACAUCCUGCCCGAGUGAAGAACAUCAGCUCGUUUUGGUUGGAUGCCACUGAAGUUUCCAAUGAGGCGUUCGAAAAGUUUGUCCACGAAACGGGUCACUUGACAGACGCAGAAACUAUUGGUGACUCCUACGUUCUAGGCUCGACUAUAACCGAGUCGAAAGCCAUUCAAGGGGCCGUCCAAGCCGCUCCGUGGUGGUUCAGCGUUUUUGGGGCAUCGUGGCGGAAUCCCGAGGGACCAGGCUCAAACAUUAUUAAACGCAUGAAGCAUCCUGUGGUUCACGUUUCAUGGAGAGACGCUGAACGAUACUGCGAGCAUUAUGGAAAACGUCUGCCGAAUGAAGCAGAAUGGGAGAUGGCUUGCAAAAGAUCUCUCGGCGGCAAGCGGUUCCCGUGGAACGAUGAAGUGACUGAUGCCGAAAACCAGAGGUCUGCAAACAUUUGGCAGGGACAGUUUCCAAAUACGAAUACGAAAAAGGAUGGGUACGAAGGUACAGCUCCGGUGGACACGUACGAUCCAUACCCUGGACUCCCCCUCAAAAACAUGAUCGGAAAUGUCUGGGAAUGGACUGCCGAUGCGUGGACCACAGAUCACGGGACGAAACCCGACGGAGAAGAGACACGGCGCGUCAAGAAAGGAGGGUCAUUUAUGUGUCAUGCCUCGUAUUGCUUCCGAUACCGUUGUGAAGCUCGAAGUGAGAAUACCUUGGACACCUCAUCGGUCAACGUGGGAUUCCGUUGCGCAGCAGACGCACUCGACAGCCGAACUCUGUGAUAAUGAUCUAUGCGCCAACAGCGAGACCCUUUGAGACUCUCUGCGAAUGUCUCAUCAUUAGACCUCCCAUUUAAGAGGACAUUUCUUCGGUGAAAAGAGGACCUUUGCGAUGGAGGAAAUCGCGCACUUGAAGACUUCUGAAUGCUGCUCCGUCAUUUUGUACGUAUGAUCU